AAAGAAAUAUGGGUUGUUUACCAAACGAGAGGUCAAGAUGCCUGGAUAUUGGCCAAGUCCUUUUGUUAUUUUAUUUUUUUUAUCAUUAUUAUUGCGCGUUUAUGUACCGGGACGGAGUCAAUGACCAUAAACACGCAAAAAAAAGGAACGAGGCCAAUAUCCAGCCAUCUUGACCGAACAAGCUUGGUCAAUAAAGGAUUUAUUAUAUGGGAUAAGGAACACCAAAAAAAAUGAACUUCGCGCUCUGGACAAGCGCGUAAUCCCGAUCCCGAGCAAGCAAGAUAGCGCCUUGCUCGCUCGCCCGGAUAGCCAAUGACCGCGCAAAAAUUUUGGUUCAUGUUGCCCGCUGGAGUAAUGAUAGUACUGGUUCUCAUAUUCAUAGCUUAUGUACUUAUCAGUUCUGAACAGCUCUGUUAAUCCUUCAAUCUUGGAAAAGAUUUAAAAUGCUUAAUAUCCGAUCAUUUCCGAGCAUGUAUUGCUCGAACAAUAUAUUAAUACAAUAUUAAGACUUAAGUAAUAGAGAGACUGGGAAGUUACGAAGAUUCCGUGAUCGCUAAUUUCGGUUGAACAUCCGAAUGUUCUGGCUCCCAACACAAGCUCGUAUAAGGGAUGUAGAGAUUAUGGUUACAACUGAAAAGAGGUUAAGUUUUAAAUCGGAUUUAAAGUUCACCGAUGUAAAUAAGAAUUCCUUGUACAAGAACCCACGUUGAGCCAAGCACCGAUUCCUCAUGAUUCUAGAUGGCAACUUCAGCUGUAUUUCCUCAUGAAAAAUCCAUUUGCUAUCUUAUAAAAAUAUAUUUAUAUAUAACCUGAUAUUAGUUUAUUGUAAGGACCUUGAGCGUACUUGAAAAAAGCAAUAUUAAGCGCAUUAUGUAACAUCCGAUACGGCUUGAAAUUAUUGUUAUCCCGCUGCUAAUUCAAAACAAUCAAUUAAUCCGCAAUCUUAACAUUUCUUCUGACGCUUUUCCAUGCUUAAGAUGAACGAAAUUAUCAUUUUUGACGCGUUUACUGGAUUUUCCUCGCAGAGCCAUUCAAAGGAUGUUUACUUUUAGCUGACCACAGAAAGAUCUUUUUUGAAACUUCUUUUCACACAGAUAUAUCAAACCACGGUAAAUAUUUGACCGAAAGACUACACGGCAUAAAUCGUACGACUUAACACUCCUUCUCCAGCCACGUAAGGCAUUCCAGACACGACAAAAGUUUAAUGACGAAACUUAUACCCCAAGCCAAGCCAAGCCUUCGCACUCAGCGGCUUAGCACUUAAUUAGUUCAGAAAGCCUUGAGUAUUGACUGGACGUAUUACGUAGGUUUUCCCUUACAAACAAAAGCACUUAUCAUUGACUUAUCAUUGCCAGCGAGGAGUCCAAAUUAAUCAAGUCUAUGACGGUAUAAAAUAAAGCGAUGGUUAGUUUUUUUUACAAUAAAAUCAGUUGAUCUGUCGAGUACAAAGAUCAUGUCACAGUUGGGACUGGUUGCAUUUCACUAUCAUUUUUGGCGCCUAAGAUAGAUUAGGAAAAGCGGGAAAAAACAACACCUUUACCCCAAGCACGUGUUAAUCCUAAAUUAACUCCAAACUAGGAAAUCAUUCAACAAAUCACCUUUUCGCUGAUAACAUAAACAUAAUAUCAUCAAAUAUAUCUUAAAAAUAAAUAAAUUUCGGGAAUUCCUCAAAUUUUCAUGGGUCGAUAACGAUUGCUGGCGGGGUGUUGGAGGUCAAAUCAAAGCAAACCGACUAUUAUUCAGAAAAAAUAAUACACUCUCUUAAUACAAACGGAUUAUAUUUUCGCGACUUAGCAAUUGAGUCAAGACAAUAAAUCCGACCUGGAGACAACAAUACCAACCCACCCAAUGAGACCACUGUUAUUUUUGUAAAUAGUCCAGGCAAUUUUUCCCUGUUUCAAGAACAGAAUUAUAGUAUUUUACGGAAACGAGAGCGACUUGCCAGUUGAAAAAAUUUGGAGCAUUCCAAGAUGUGUUGUGAAAUUUUGUUUGAUAAUAUGUCAGAUAUAAGGCUGGACGAGGGCAGGGGUGCACCUUCCGAACAAUGAGAUUGCGUAUAGCAUGUCAUCAGUUUAUUUCAUCAGUUUAUUUUUUAUGACAUUUAUAAUCAUCAUAAAUUGCAGCUGAUCUUGCCUUAGGUUACUAAAUAUAAAACCACUGCGGAGGCUUGUAGAGUUACUCCCCGUACGAGCGCAAUCCUACUAAAUCAAACCGGAAAGAAGACUUGACGCCGGUAAAAUGAACCAGUUGAUGAUUUUUACACUUCUCAUCUUCCUAUCUUCGCUCACCGGAUCGCUGACGUGUCGAUUUCACGAACAAAAUUUUUCUGAUGUCGAGAAGGUCUCAGUACAAGCAUUCAAGAAAAAACUCCUUAAAGAGUUGGGCUUUUGUUCAGUCCCGAAUGUUAACAAGAUUAAAGCCCCAAAGGUUCCAUCGUUUUACAAACGUUUGAUAGAAGAAGAAAACAGCAAGCCUAUCCAAACCUCAGAAUUGGACGAGGAUGACUUCCUUGCAAAAACUAAUCAACUAUUUCUGUUUCCCGAGCAAGUUGUUUCGGUAACCGGUGGAACUGAAAGGAACUUAAUCUUCAAAUGGAAUCCCAUACACCCGACAUUGGAGAUCGUGUCAGCUCUUUUAUGGAUACACAUCGUCCAUGCGCCCAUCUCAGUUGAAAACCCGGACCUCAGAAAAGGAGACGAGUUGCAACUAUACAAGAGCUACCGAGCUUCAGGAACUGAGAGCAAAAAAGAACACUUUCAUUCGGAACAUUUAAAGGCAACUGGCUGGUAUAAAGUGGAGGUCAGUGGAAUGAUUCAAGGAUGGUUCUCUGAGCAGCCAAAGAUAGAUCUCAGUUUGGAUGUUGCAGUGGAAGGCGCGAGGUCUCUAGAGAUCGGUGGGGUGAGUGAUGACGGCGAGCCGCUGCAGCCCUUUCUGGCAAUCAACACCAAAGAGAAGCGAGGCCGCAUUAACAGGAACAAACGGAAAGCCGUUUCGAAGGAAUGCCCGGGUACGCCUACAAGUACGUGCUGCUUACAACAACUCACAAUAGACUUUGAGAAACUCAACUGGGACUUUAUCAUCGCACCAAGGAUAUUGAAUUUUGCAGUCUGUAGCGGAGACUGCUCACUCAACAUCAAAGGCAAUAUCAAUUUCUUCAGCAACCAGGCACGAGCUGCGCCAUUUGCAGGAAAACUUAACCCCCGAAAGCAGAAAAAUAUCUCUUGUUGCGUGCCAAAAACAACGAAUGAUAUCACCCUCUUGCUGUUUGAUGAAAGUGGAGAUGUACGGAUUUUAACUCUACGUGACGCACGUGCGUUAUCCUGUCACUGCGUAGUGUAAUGACUGCUACUGUAACAAAUCCUUUACUCGACCCAGCAUUUAGUCUGAAAGCGCCUGCCUGCGUGGUAUGAAAGAUAGGAUUCAACGUAAGUGGACCAUUUUUACACUAACAAUUAGAAAGGGUGUAGAUUCAUGAGCAAGAAUGUCACUGAUCGAAACGCAAAAACCGUAGUCAGGAAUGUUCAGUUCAAUGGACUUUUGUUUUAAUGAACUACCGUAGCUGGAUGUCAUUUCCGCGUUUUUUACACUGAACCAAGCGAGUACUUUAGCCAGAGAGCGUUUUUACAAGCUUUUUAAUUUAGGAAUUGAGCAGAGAUUUACUUUGUUAACUAUUCCCCUCGGAAUACUUAUUUAGUAAGGCGACCAUCGGGUAACGCAUUGACGUGGUCGGUUAUCUGACCCAAACUACCAGAUAACAGAAUAUAAAUGUCCUCUUAGUUUGAAAAUUAAGUUUAUAAAAAAAAAAGUUCUUUAUUAGUCGUCUAGUAAAAAAACCGCGAGGACAAUAAAAAAUACAGAAAAAGUGCAGAGAGUUUAAAGACGAAGCACUGUCUUAUAAUGUUAGUUUUUAAUUGGUUAUCAUCAAAAAUAACCUUAAAGGAGAAUAAUCCUGAAAGGAUUAUAUUGAUACUUUCAUCAAAACAUAAAUAUAAACGCAAAUUUAGCCGUACAACAUCAUGUACCUCGACAUUAAAGUUUAAACAGAGAGUUCGCAUAGGAGAUAUAUUUAUUACGGUUAAUUUUCAGAGAUUGUAGAAAGCUAAGAUGUAUUUACAAUAGAAAGGAAUAAAGCUAUGUAGGUCUCCGUGUGGCCAAGUCUUU